AUGGCUAGCUCCGAGAUUCCUUUUUUGAGAAUGCGGGGGGUAGUAUCGAUCCGGAGCGAACGAUCCUCUGUCCCGAUGAGGCAACAUUUUGGUCCCGCCCCCACAAGGGUUUCGUGGUUCUCGAGGUACAUACCUAGCUUCGGUGAAGACGGCCCUCCAAGGCCUUGGCGUUUCAACGUUCUUGUGGUAACGUUGCCCCGUGGUAUCAAGAGGGCCGAAGUUUGA